UAAGCCAUGUGAAAUUGACAAUUACAAUAAUUUCAAUAUGUAAUUAAGAUUAAUAAGUGUAAUAAUUAAACUUAAAUUAUGUUACAGAAAGAAUUUUUGAACAUUAAUCGCAUAUUUUGUUCAAAUGUCCGUUGUAUGGAGCAAACGAUGUGCUUGUAUUUAUUAUCAGUCGUUUGGUUGCGCGUACGCCAUGAACCCGCUUUUUAUAUUGCUCAUACUUAGUGUUUUAUCGAUUUCUGUGACAGUGAAUACAACAAUAAAUAGUGCUACAAAAAUUGAACUACCCUCAUUUCUUAUCAGUUGUUCGCUGAACGAUAUUAUAAUAAUAUCAGCACCAAUAGUCAAUGAAAGAGCUCUGUAUUAUUUAAAUAAGCCAAACGGUGACGUCAUCAAAUUGCCUCAAUUCCAGUCGAAAAACAAGAUUGUUACAAAUAAUGACAAAAUUAAUGACACAAUCAUUAAUAUGACAAAGUAUCGAGUAUUUAACGUAAAUGAUCCGAAAUAUAAUUACACAAAUGAUAUUUUUAAUGAUAAUUUAAUGAAAAUGGGUGCCGUGGAUUUUAUGUUGGGACCUUUAGGGGAAGACGACCAUGGAAAUUGGGUUUUAAGCGUUUUGAUAAACCUUAACAAAGAGGUCACUGAGGUUUUCCAAAUCAUUACCAUUGAAAUCAUAGAAAAAGUGCCAAUUGAACCUCAGUAUCCGAAACUAACAGAAGGAAGCAACUUUAUUUUGAAAUUUGCAUAUCCUAUAAAAUAUUUAGAAUCUUGCGAACUAAAAGGACCAAAGACAUUGAGUGACCGUUAUUAUAACAGAACCGGGAAUAAUGUGGACUCUUGUGAAUUUAUAGUUACAAACAUUACUAGAGAAGAUCAAGAAUGGUGGUACAUCAUAGGUGUUGGUAAAAUUGUGUACGAAACUAAAGUGUAUUUAAAAGUUAUUAAUAAAAAGACGUAGCAUAACAUUUUAUAAAAAAAUCUUUUUAUUAUCUGUCAUAAUGUCAAAUAAUUAAUUGAAAAGACAUAGUAUUACGAUAGUAUUUGUACACCGGCUUUUGCCCGCGACUUCGUCCGCGCGGAAGUAACAAAACUGGAUGAAUAGUAAUAUUUGUCGGUAUUUAAGACUAUAUUCUGUACCUGUGCCUAAUUUCAAUAAAAUUAUUUCCAACCCUUGUUGUUAUCGAGUAAAGAUCUUAAUCAAACCUACCCACGGGAAAAGUAUAUAUUCCGGGAUCAUAGGUAGCCUAUUUAUUUUUUUAGACUGUGUUCUACAUCUAUACUAAGUUUCAUCGAGAUACGUUGAGUCG